AUGGGUUCAUUUCAUUGUAGCUUCAGCUUUGGUGUUGAGAGCGAUAUCAACUGCUUGAAAAGUAUAAAAGCAUCACUCGAGGACACUUUAGGUUACUUCAACUCUUCCUGGGAUUUCAACAACAACACCGAAGGCUUCAUCUGCAACUUCGUUGGGAUCGAGUGUUGGCACCCUCACGAGAGCAAGGUUCUGAACAUCAUGUUGGGGGAAUGA